AAAUGAUGCGGUUGUGAUUUCUGGAAGGAAGCUGGCCCGCCAGAUCAGGCAGGAAGCCCGUCACGAGGUUGAGCAGUGGGUAGCGGCUGGAAACAAGAGGCCUCACCUCAGCGUCGUUCUCGUCGGUGAAAACCCAGCGAGUCACUCCUACGUCCUGAACAAAACCAAAGCGGCUGCUGAUGUUGGAAUCAGCAGUGAAACCAUCCUCAGGCCGGCUUCUAUUUCAGAGGAGGAGCUACUGGAUUUGAUCAGCAGCCUCAAUAACGAUGCGAAUGUGGACGGCCUGUUAGUACAGCUUCCUCUCCCCGAACACAUUGAUGAGCGCAGGAUUUGUAACGCUGUGUCUCCAGACAAAGACGUUGAUGGCUUUCACGUGAUCAACGUGGGACGCAUGUGCCUUGACCAGUACUCCAUGCUGCCAGCUACCCCGUGGGGGGUGUGGGAGAUCAUCAAGAGAACUGGCAUCCCGACGCUGGGGAAGAACGUGGUGGUGGCUGGCAGGUCGAAGAACGUGGGCAUGCCCAUCGCCAUGCUGCUGCAUACGGACGGCAGGCACGAGCGCCCGGGAGGCGAUGCCACAGUCACCAUAUCCCACCGCUACACUCCCAAGGAGCAGCUGAAGCAGCACACGAUCCGUGCCGGGCGGCAGCAGUUCCGUUUUCUUCCUGCAGGCAUACCCAAUCUGAUCACUGCUGACAUGAUCAAAGAAGGAGCUGCAGUUAUUGACGUGGGGAUAACGAGAGUGCAGGAUCCUGUCACUGCCAAAUCGAGGCUAGUGGGGGAUGUGGACUUUGAAGGGGUGAAGAAGAAAGCCAGCUACAUCACUCCGGUCCCCGGGGGCGUUGGGCCCAUGACCGUUGCCAUGCUGAUGAAGAACACCAUCAUCGCUGCCAAGAAGCUGUGGAAACCCAAAGAGCUGGAAGCAUUAACUGCUUAA